CUGGUUUGUUUUGACGUUUACGGUUUACUAUUGAUUUUUAAAAAUAGUGUGGUUUAAAAAUAAUUGGAAAGUUCAUUUAAUGUGAUAUUACCUGACUCAGUCCAUAACAAUGCAUCCCCAAUACAUGCCCCAACAACAAUACACAGGACCUCCACAGAACUUUGCAAAUCAAGGGCCACCGCCUGGACAACCGGGAUUUCAAAAUGUACCCCUAGAGCCCUCAAAACCAAACAUUCCAGGACAAAUGCCCCCAACAUCAAGCAACGGAAUACCCCCACAAAGUCAACAAUUUCCUCCAAAUGUUGGCCCUCCAGGAGGAUUUAGACAAAUACCUUCGAAUCAGUUGCCUCCUGGUGGCGAUCAAAGACCACCAUCGAGACCACCCUCAAAUCAGUUUGCACCCCCACCGAACAUAAAACCAGGAGAACCAGGCCCACCUGGUGGACAACCACAGUUUCAAAAUGGUUCAAGCGGACAACAGUUUCAAAACGGUCUCAGUUUUGGCAUGCCACCAGGUCCAAAUCAACCAACUUUAAAUAAAAAUCCUAUGGGUCAACCUGCCAUGCCAGGUCAACCUCCCAUGCAAGGGCAGCCUCCAAUGAUGAGACAGCCACCAAUGCAAGGUCAGCCUUCCAUGUCUGGUCAACCUCCCAUGGCCGGUCAACCUCCCAUGGCAGGUCAACCACCCAUGCCGGGUCAACCUCCUAUACCAGGUCAACCUCCAAAUCAAACUCAUCCUCCUAUGACUGGUCAACCACCAAUGCAAAAUCAGCCUCCCACUGUAGGUGAAAGGCAUUCCCCAAUGGCAGGUCAACCCCCCAUGCAAAAACCCCCCACUUCAGGACAAGGGCAACCUCCCAUGCCUGGUCAACCACCAAUGCAAAAUCAACUCCCUCCACCAGGACAGGGACCACCACCAGGUCAAAACCAACCACCAAAUCCCGGAGGUUUUGGUAUGGGUCAACCUCCAGCGUCGACGCCUGGAUCUUUUGGUCAGCCAAUAAACUCCGGCCCUGGAGGCUUUAGUGCGCCACCCAUGUCAAGGCCUGGUCAACCUCCGGCCCCAGGACAAAACCCUCUCAUGCAAAAGAACCGUUUUCCUCCUAUGCCCGGUCCAAAUCAACCUCCAAUGCCCGCUCAAAAUAUGCCUCCUAUGCCCAGUCCAAAUCAACCUCCAAUGCCCGGUCAAAAUAUGCCUCCUAUGCCCGGCCCAAAUCAACCGCCAAUGCCUGGUCAAAGUAUGCCUCCCAUGCCUGGGCAACCUCCCAUGUCAAGACAGCCUCCCAUGCCUGGGCAACCUCCUCUUCCUGGUCAACAAUAUCCUGGUCAACAGUUCCCAGGUCAGCAACCUCCCAUGCCAGCCCAAUACAAUCAACUAAACAGUCAGAUGCAAAAUAUGAAUCUUUCCAACAGACAGCAAUACCCAGGUCAAAUGAGAAACGGCGAAAGCCCACACAUGCCCCCACCAAUGGGCCAGCAACAAUACAAUGGACAGCAAAUGAGAAGUCCCCAGCAACCUGGGUAUCCGCCGAUGCCUGGUCAAGGAGGUCCCGGAGGUUAUAACCAGCCUGGUUAUCCUCAACAACAACCUCAAGAGCCACAAAGGAGAUUAGACCCUGAUCACAUGCCUAAUCCUAUUCAAGUUACUCAAGAUGACCAACAAAAUAGAUCUGGAGUUUUUGUCACAAACCAAAAAGGGUUGGCCCCUCCACUAGUAACCACAAAUUUCGUGGUUCAAGAUCAAGGAAACGCAAGUCCACGUUUCAUGAGGUCCACAAUGUACAACGUGCCAAUAUCACAGGAUAUAGUUAAGAACACUGCAGUGCCCUUCAGCUUAGUUAUAAGCCCCAUGGCAAGAACGGUAGAUCAAGAAUAUCCUCCGCCAAUUGUAAAUUUCGGCGAAUUGGGUCCCGUAAGGUGCAUAAGAUGCAAAGCUUACAUGUGUCCGUUUAUGCAGUUUAUCGAUUCGGGAAGGAGAUUCCAAUGUUUGUUCUGCAAAGCUACCACAGAUGUUCCUCAAGAAUACUUUCAACACUUGGACCAUACUGGUCAGAGAAUGGACCGCUAUGAACGUCCGGAAUUGGUUUUGGGAACGUACGAAUUUGUGGCCACCGCGGAUUAUUGCAGGAACAACACGUUACCGAAACCUCCUGCGAUUAUUUUCGUAAUCGACGUAUCUUAUAACAACAUCAAAUCUGGUCUGGUAAAUUUGCUGUGCUCCCAAAUAAAGGACAUCAUACAGAACUUGCCUGUCGAUCAAGGACACGAGAAGAGCAACAUGCGCGUCGGUUUCAUUACUUACAACAGCUCCGUGCAUUUUUAUAACAUUAAGGGUACUUUGGCUGCUCCUCAAAUGAUGGUUGUGGGCGAUACACAAGAAAUGUUCAUGCCUUUGUUGGAUGGGUUUUUGUGCACUCCCGAGGAAUCGGAGGCUGUAAUUGACGCUCUCAUGCAACAAAUUCCUGCAAUGUUCGCCGAUACUAGAGAAACUGAAACUGUCUUGUUGCCCGCUAUUUUGGCAGGUUUGGAAGCUCUUAAGGCAUCUGAAUGCACUGGCAAGCUUCAAGUGUUCCACUCGACGCUGCCUUCGGCCGAAGCUCCUGGAAAACUUAAAAACCGCGAGGACAGGAAACUGUUGGGCACCGACAAGGAAAGAACGGUGUUGACCCCGCAAAAUCAAGCGUACAAUCAAUUGGGACAGGAUUGCGUCGGAGCCGGUUGCUGCGUGGAUCUGUACAUAUUCAAUAAUUCCUACAUCGACAUCGCCACCAUUGGACAAGUUUCGCGGUUGACUGGCGGAGAAGUUUUCAAAUACACGUAUUUCCAGUCUGACAUAGACGGAGAGAGGGUGAUUAAAGAUAUCGUUACAAACAUAAGCAGACCAAUCGCUUUCGACGCGAUCAUGCGUGUGAGAACGUCGACGGGAGUGCGUCCGACGGAUUUCUUCGGUCACUUUUACAUGUCCAACACAACCGACAUGGAGUUGGCAGCUAUUGACUGUGAUAAGGCCGUCGCCGUGGAGAUCAAGCACGACGACAAGCUGUCGGAAGAGGAAGGCGUCUACAUCCAGGCCGCCUUGCUGUUCACCUCGUGCUCCGGCCAGCGCCGGCUGCGCAUCGUCAACUUGUCGCUGAAGACGUGCUCGCAGAUGGCCGACCUGUACCGCAGCUGCGACCUGGACACGAUCAUGAACUACAUCGGCAAACAGGCCGCUUACCGUUUGCUCGACAACAAUCCCAAGUCGGUGAAGGACGCGGUCGUCAACCGCGCCGCUCAAAUUUUGGCCACGUACAGGAAGAACUGCGCCACUCCCAGCAGUGCAGGUCAAUUAAUCCUUCCCGAGUGCAUGAAACUGCUGCCUUUGUACGUGAACUGUCUGCUGAAGAACGACGCGAUAUGCGGCGGAGCCGACAUGACAAUCGACGACCGUUCGUUCGUUAUGCAGGCGUUCAUGACCAUGGACGUGCAGACGUCGGUGCACUACCUCUACCCCAGGCUCAUACCCAUCCACGACGUGGUGCCUUCCGAGGACGUGCAAGUGCCGGCGCAGAUCAGGUGUUCCGUCGAGAAGCUGAGCGACCAGGGAGUUUAUAUCUUAGAAAAUGGUAUUCAUAUGUUCCUCUGGAUUGGUCUGGGUGCAAGUCCAGAAUUCUGCCAAAAUGUGUUCGGAGCUCCGUCAGCUAUUCAAAUUGAUUUAGAUAGAAUAUCACUACCCGAAUUAGAUAAUCCAUUAUCUCUAGCUGUAAGAACUAUUAUCGAAGAAAUUAGAAUACAGAAGCAUCGUUGUAUGAGGUUGACUUUAGUGAGACAAAGGGAGAAGUUGGAACCGGUAUUCAAGCACUUCUUGAUCGAAGAUCGCGGAAAUGAUGGAUCUGCAAGUUACGUCGACUUCUUGUGUCACAUGCAUAAAGAAAUAAGAUCGAUAUUAAGCUAGCAAAAGUCAUAGUUUUAGGUUCAACCGAACGAAAAAGUAAUUUGUACUCAGAAUUUUCUAUUAUAGUAUGUCAUUAAGAAAUAUAUAUUUUAUCAAACUUUUUUGUUGAAUUUACUAUUUGCAAAUCCAUAUUAUGAGACUUAUUAACAUUUUUCGUACAAAUUUCGGAACAGCAUUGUUAAUCAGGAUGUGGAUUUGUGACUUUAUUGCAAUUAUAUUAUUUUUUGUAUCUAUAUUUUAUCGGUGCCCAUACAAAAUGGUUAUUAUGUAUUAUAUAAAAAACUAAUAAAUAGAUGUAAGAAUU